AGAGAGAGACAGAGAGAGAGAGAGAGAGAGAGAGAGAGAGGAAGUAGCAGCCUGUGUGCAGCGAGGGAGUGGCCGGACGUAUAAAAGACAGCUUCUCUUCCUUCUUUCUGCAUUUCACUCUGCUUCUCUUCCUGCAACCUGAGACAGCACCUGCACAGUCAUGUCGUGGCAGGCGUACGUAGACUCCCUGACAGGUCCUGACUCCAGCGGGAAUAAAACCAUCGAGGACGCCGCGAUCUGCGGGUUAGCAGCCGGAGCAGAGAGCAUCUGGGCCAGCUCACCGGGCCUCAGCUCCCUGACGGCGGACCAGAUAAAGAAGCUGGCCGGUAACUCCAGUGCCCUGCGCGAGUGCGGUCCGUCUAUAGGGGAAAUGAAGUGCAUGCUGCUCACAGACGACUCUGAAAAUCCCAGCAGCUACUGCAUGCACCUGAAGGCCUCGAAGAACCACGGAGGCUUCAAUAUCUGCGUCGGCAAGGCCAAGACAGCUAUGGUCAUAGCUAAAGGUAAAGACGGCACUGCCGGUAACCAGGUGUCCACCCGGGUGUUCCCCAUCGUUAAAUACCUGCGAGACGCCGGCUACUGAGACC